AUGGUGUUCAGGUUCCGUGCCGGAUGGCCAGUGACUCUCUUGGGCGGAUUAGUGAUCGGCGUACUCGCCUUGCUCCUACCUCAGCUUCUCAGCUGGCGUAACAUACAAGCUGCAGUACCCUACACUGGGCCCAGAUUCGAUGCAACAGGGCAAUCUGCGAUAUGCAUCAAGCUAGCAGCUGCCCUCCGGGAACAGGUUUAUUCUCAUCAACAUUCGACUUACAACGAUGUCCUGCAGUCAUACUGGUCCGAAAACGCGGCGGAGAUGCAGCCAUCUUGCAUCGUAAGACCUACGAGUGCCGAGGAUGUAUCAGUUGCAAUCAAGACUCUGCGAGAGGGUCGCGAAGCUGGAGACAAUGUGCGAUUUGCAGUCCGUAGUGGCGGACACUCCCCCGAAGCUGGAUUCGCAAGUAUCAGAGAUGGCGUUACCAUUGACAUGGGCCUCUUUGACGGGAUCUCUGUUGCGGAUGAUCGUUCAUCAGCUACUAUUGGAGUAGGUGCUCGUUGGAAAGAAGUCUACUCGAAGCUAGAUGACAUGGAAUUAGCUAUGGUCGGCGGCAGAAAUGCCAACGUCGGUGUUGGAGGUCUAGUCCUGGGCGGUCAGUCUUCGCGCUGUUAA